AUGAACAUUUUGAUUGAAUUCGCAUUUGUAAUUGAACUCGAGAAAAUAUUCGUGAUCCGGUGAUCAGAAAAUUAAACUCGAUUCCAAAAUGAUUAGGUAAAGGAAUCAGUGGUGAAGUAAAAUUUGAACAGGUAUAUUCAAAGUAGGUCAAAUGAACCCUCAUUUUUCAACUAUUGAUCCUUGUUUUCAAAAACUCAAGAUGCCAUCUGAAGUACCAUAUUGUGGAAUCACUUUACCAGAAUUUGGGGAACUGUACAGAGAGAACAUGCACGGUUGCAUUUCCAUAACCAUCUGCUUCAUAGGUUCGAUUUUCAAUCUACUCAACUUAUUGGUAUUCACAAGGAAAGCAAUGAUUUCACCAGUUAACCUGAUAUUCACUCAUUCAGCCUUGGUGGAUUUUCUCGUUCUACUGGCUCGUAUUCCAUUCGUAUGGAUGCUGUAUAUUCAGGAUCAAGGUGAUUUUGGAGAAAAACGAACUUACAUAGGGACAGUAUUUCUGAUAUGUUGCGAUACGUUCAUAGUCAGUUUCCAGUUCGUAUCGAUAUUUUUGACAGUGCAUUUGGCUACAUGGAGGUAUAUAGCUGUAGUGCAUCCGUUUAUGGAACGUCAUUGGUGCAAUAUGAAAAUUACUCGAAAUGUCGUGAUUGCUGGUUACAUAAUAUGCUGCUUUUCGCUCGGUGUUCCGAUGCUUCUUUCAAGGAGUAUUCAAACGACGAGAAUGAAUCAGAUGAAUAUUUAUUCGUUCAAUUACGAAAGAAGUAGGAUUAUGUUCAAAGUGGCAUUCAUUGUUUAUGGACCAAUAGGCAGAUUAUUUCCAUCGAUUGUACUGGCAGGGUUCACGUUUAGAAUCGUUUUUACCUUACUGGCAAGAAAAGGCAAUCGAGAACGAUUAACUCAAUCCGCGAGCGUUGAAAGCGAUUUGCAUAACCUCAAAUUGAGAAAACGAACGAAUAGGUCGACGAUGAUAUUGUUAAUGGCGGUGGUUUUAUUUUUCAUCGCCGAAUUUCCCAGAGGAAUACUAAGCGUACUGCGAGUGAUUUACGAGUAUGAUGAAAAGUCCGAAGAAAUUCAAGGUCGAUGUUACGCUUCGUUGGUGCAAAUAUUCACUACAUUGACUGAUAUCAAUUUAUCCAUCACUUUUAUAGUAUAUUACAUCUUGAGUCAACAAUUCAGGUUGACGUUUAAACUCUUGUUAAGUAUUAAAAUACAAUUUCUUAUCAAAAAAAUAUCCCUUCUAGGUUCACGUACUCGUCAUAUCGAAGAACUUCGUUUAGAUCAAUUACCCGAUGAAUGACGUUUAACGAAUGCAAUUUCUAUAUUAAUCGAAAUCGAAUAGGUAGGUAGGUACCUAAUAUUAUGGCUUUACAAUAAUUAAGUUUAUCGUGUUUUGAGUCCAAAUCGAUUCUUACGAACCGAGACUGAAUUAUUUGUAUUUUAACACUAUGAAUUUUGGAAUAAUUGAGGCUCAUCACUUAUGAAAAGUAGUUAAUAACCCUAAUGAUGCAGUUUUACAUUUUUUAAAAGUGAGCUUGGAAUUGGAAAUAAAAGCUUCCAAAUUUGGCAACAAGUUCGCCAAAAAUUAUUGAUUUUAUACCUACUAAAUCGGUCCAGUGAUAUUUGUAUUUUUCUGAAUGGAGAUGGCUUUGAUUAGUAACUUUGAAUGUAUUGUAAAAUUUGGUGUAUUUUUUUAAAGAGUAGUUAUAGUUAAACUAUACUGAUUAUUUUCAUGUGAUAUUUUCAUUUUUUUUCUUAUUUCUUUCAAUAAA